UCCUGCUCCUCUUCUAAACCCUAAAUUACACUUCCCCCUUGCAAAGACUCCAGAAAUGGCUUCCUCCGGCGACUCCAAACUCCUCCUCACCGAACAAUUUGUAAACCCAGCGGGUUUUGAGCGCCCUCAGGUCCUCGUUGAGUGCUUCGUUGUAUUUCUUCAGCCCGUGGAUCUCACUCCUUAGAAUCUCUUCCCUCCUCUGCGAUUCUUCUUUGUAUUUCUUCAACUCGGCCACCUCCCUGCUCAUAAUUUCCCCCCUCUGCUUUGAUUCAUCAACACGUUUGUCACAUGAUAGCUUCAUAUCCCGUAGAAUCUUCGUAGAAUCCUUCACAUCCUGCUUCAUCUUCUUCUGAUCCGAACUUUGUAUCUCACUUGACACGAAACCCACCACGGCGAUGCUCAACCCUGCUACGGUCAUCACCAUGGACAGAAAUGGCUUCCUCCGGCGACUCCAAACUCCUCCUCCUCACUCCACUUGGUGGUGCUAAGACGGAGUUUCCUCCGCCGCCACUGACGGCCAAGGCGGUGGCCGAGGCAGUGGCCAGGCUCCUCCGUUCGGGCCCGUAUGCUGACCCGUGGUACAAGCAGCCCUCCAUGGUGAUGACCGUAGCAGGGUUGAGCAUCGCCGUGGUGGGUUUCGUGUCAAGUGAGAUACAAAGUUCGGAUCAGAAGAAGAUGAAGCAGGAUGUGAAGGAUUCUACGAAGAUUCUACGGGAUAUGAAGCUAUCAUGUGACAAACGUGUUGAUGAAUCAAAGCAGAGGGGGGAAAUUAUGAGCAGGGAGGUGGCCGAGUUGAAGAAAUACAAAGAAGAAUCGCAGAGGAGGGAAGAGAUUCUAAGGAGUGAGAUCCACGGGCUGAAGAAAUACAACGAAGCACUCAAUGAGGACCUGAGGGCGCUCAAAACCCGCUGGGUUUACAAAUUGUUCGGGUCGGCGGCGAUCCCACAACCUGGACGCGAGGGAAGAAGAUCGACGGAGUGAUGGAAGAAGGGUUCGUUCGGUCUAGGUUAUUUUGAGUAGUAUGAAUUAAUGCUUGUUAGGUUAUUCUAUAGGUCUUUGGGCUAAUUAAUAGUUAUAUGUGUGUUUACGAGGGUUAAUUAGUAGAUUGUUGGGAGUCUCUUGGUAUGCCGAGUCGGCUAGAGUAGACUAGGUUGAGUCUGAGUCCAAGUCUUGUGGGUCAGUAGCGUUAGUACGUAGGCGGCUCGAGUUAUGCUUAUUGAUUAGGUUUAUCGUAUUUUGAUGUAAGUUCGGCAUUAGUUCCGAAUCAAGCAAUUAUUAAACAAAAGGUUAAUCGACAUUAAAGUCGUAUUUUUGUUGUGAGCUACAAGCUAUAACAAACUACCAAAAGUUGUUUUCCAAUUAUGAAAAACAUAGUAAAAUGUACUACGUGUUUAAGAAAUAUCUUUCAAUAUGUGCUACUAAACAGUAAUUCACUAACUGAUGUCUAUUCAAUUCCGAAUCUUGCUGUUGAUAUAGCCCGAAACUAAAAUGCUCUUUUAGCAAUUGGGUUGCAACUAAUAAAUAAAAUCAAUUCGGACAAAAUAAAUAAAGGCAAAAUCCACUUCCAUAGCCAUAACUUUGCACUUUGUGACAAAUAUAGCCAAGUUUGAAAAAAUACACAGAAAUAGCCACAAAUUUGAAACUACCUUGACAAUUAUAGCCAUUUCCUUUAAAUUUAUUGACGGAGUUAGAGAUGCCGUUGGCGUCUGUCAACAACAAGCUGAGAUGGCGCCUAGUCAGCUUUUACGUCAACUCUAAAUCGACGUGUCAUGCCACAUGUCAUGCCAUGUCAGCUUAAAAAUAAAAAAUAUUAUUUAUUACAAAAAAAUAUAAUAAAUAAAUAAUCUAAUUGACCAUCGUCUCUAAACCUCCUUCUCCAUUUGACGGCCAACCUACUCCAUUUUCAUGGACAUAAAAAAACCUAAAAAUCAAAUGAAAUUCACAACAACCAAACCAUUCAUCCCUCUCACCACCACCACCACCACCACCACCACCACCACCAUAAUCUCUACGGUCCAUCUUCUUCCUUCCCCCUUCUGAUUCCUCUUUAAUUCUUCUUCCUUGUCACUUCUCACCACUUAGCCUUCUGAUUUCACAGGCUUCAUCUAUUCCCCCAAAUACUACAUGGAUCCCCUGCCUGCUUCAUCCAUCUUUGGCAAAAUAAACCUGGGUAGCUGCCGCCGUCCAUCUCUUCGUACUCCACUCAGCCAAAGUCGAGUCCUUUGCUACUCUAGCUGAAGAGAUCUUGGCCACCGUCGAAGAGGCAGACCAGCUGCUGCCGGAUGAGAUUCAUCUUCUUCGUCUCCUUCCUUCACCUCCCCUUUAUUCAAAAAUCUCGUGGGUAACGCCGAGGCAGUGGAGUGUCUGAAUUCCCUGCUGCAGCAGAAGCUUGAGAGCCGUGAAGAAGAGGACGCGCUCAAAAUCCUGACUCGUCUCGUGGUCGCGCAAUCAUGCCGCUGAGGGAGAGCAACAAUCUCCAUCGCAGAUCGAGAAACUAAAACCUAAUCGACGCUAUCUCCUUGCAGAUUUCCUCCCUGAAAAACCACCAGAUCUGGGCGGUUUCCAAAGAUCUGGGCGGUUUUUAAAUAUGCCGUCGCCGGAAUCGACAAUGAGCAGAGGGUACAAGCGAAUCGCCGUCGAUGUUGCGGCAAAUCCUCCCUCUGUCAGUCGGUGCUACGUCUGAAUCCCUGUGUAUUGUCGGACCGCGGAGGCGAGCUGGACCGUAUCGAGUGGUUAAUGGACCAAGGCUGAUGAGUGCGUUCGUCGAUUGAGAGUCGCCGGCGAUUUUAAGUUUAGGUGGAAUGGAGGUGGGAUUUCUGUGAAGAGGAAAAAGAGAAGAAUUGGAAAGGGCGGAUGAGGAAAAGAAUGGUAAAGUAGGGUUUUUUUUAAUAAAUAUAAUUAAUUUAGUUUUCCACCAUGGCAUGCCACAUAGACCAAAUAAAAUGCAGCCACAUUCAACCGUUUGCCCAGUCAGCCGUCUUUAUAAUUCCGUUACAUUAAUGGACGGAAUGGCUAUUUCUGUGUAUUUUUUCAAAUUUGGCUAUAUUUGUCACAAAAUGCAAAGUUAUGGCUAUGGAAGUGAAUUUUGCCAUAAAUAAAUUUAAUCAAUAAAUCUUUUUAGAAGAAAAUAGACCAAUUAAUAUAAUAAAUUCACUUUUGUCUCAACCAUCAAUUGAGUUAGUUUAUCAUAUUAUAAUUCUUAACACAAUAGUAAUAAUUCCUGAAAUCUUGGACGACCAGACUUGAGGUGGAUCUUACGGGACUAAAAAAGGGAGAAGAAGAGGGGUUUUCUUGAGUUGAGAAGGGUGCUUCUUUUAUUUAUUUUCUUGUUUAUAUAUUUAUUAAUUAUACUACUAUACCACCAGGCUUUAAGAGACCGCCAUACCAACCCAGGCAAGGGCAAUUUCAGCAGCAGCAACAACAAUCUCUCUAUCCGUCCAGACAGGGGACAACUUUUUCUAAGCCGUAGCCGAGACCAUUUCAACAACUGGGCGCAACUCCUGCUGCCCCAACACAGCAUGAUCCGAUGUUUGAACUUUGGGAUUUGGUGGGUUCUCUAGCCAGUUCCAGUGCUUACAAAUUCAAUGAUAUCGGGCAUUUAUGGAUAAGGCUUCAAGCAAAUUCCUGCGCUUGAGGCUGGUAAGAGAAACACCCAGGCUAUUUUGUAGGAUAUCCAGACCCAGUUGGGGAGUGUGGCUCAAGCACUAGCGCAGAGGGCUCUGGAUACCAUAACUGGUCAAACCAUUCCUAAUUUGCGGGACCCAAAUGCUCAUUUGAGAGCCACUACCACCAGGAACGCCAUGGCGACUGCCGACCCACCUGUCCGGGCCAAAGAAGAGGAGAAAAGACUUGUUUCAUUACUUUCGCAGAUGAGGAAGAAAGGGAAAAGGAGACUGAGGUGCAUGUUCCUAAGCCACAACCAGUGGUGAAGGAGUAUGUCCCUUAGCUUUCUUUCCCUACUCGGUUUCACCAAGACCAACCGGAGACUGAGUUUGCCAAAUUCAUGGCAAGGUUGAAGCAGGUGAACAUCAGUAUGCCCUCUGUGAAGUCAUUGUCAAAGAUUCCCAAGUAUGCGAAGUUCAUGAAGGAUCUCUUCACCAGGAAGAGGAAGCUUGGGAGCUAUCGACAGUGAUGCUCAACAAGGAGUGUUCUACCAUCCUGCAUAACAAGCAAUCGGAGAAGCGAAAAGACCCAGAGAGUUUAACAACCCUGGCCUGGUUUUUGUUGUGCAUUGCAUGUUUCGUACUUCUUCUAGCCGUCUACUUGGGUCUCCAGGUUGGUUUUCCCAUCUUUGCUUAGAAAUUUAAGGAGAAUUGACGAUUAGUUAGAGAACGGGGUUUUUCAGAUAAUUGCUUGUUUGUUGAGAACUGAUUGCCUUUAUUAUGUUGCUAGACAUGCUUUGAAAUAUAAUAUAACUCAUUUUGUUGG